AUCUAAAGUUUUGGUUUUGUGUCUAAUGAAUGUCAGCCAGAGACUCCAAUCAAGACUCCAAUUAGUAGUGAAUAAAAUGAUGUUCAUUUUAAGUUACAAUUUUAUGGUUAAUUACAUGGUUAAAUUAACAACACUUGUUCACAUUCAUUGGAUAAUUAAACAAGCAAACGGAUCAUUACUGUCACUGGCUAAACUCUUAGCUUGAGACAAAAAAAGCUACCAAAAGUUGACAAUUGAAAGUACAAACAUCAAACUAAUUGUAUAAUGAUUUUGUUGAUAAUGUUUAUUAUGUGUAUUAUGACAGCACUUUCAUCUGAAAAUGUUAACCAUCAUCACAAUCAACAGCAACAAUCUGUGGACCCAAAUUACCAAUCAUCAAGUUCACCGUUAAAUUUACCGCCAUCCCUUUCACCAUCAUUUUUAACGCCACCAACGAUCUCCAGUAAAAGUAAUAGUAACCAGAAUAAUGUUUAUACCAGCAACAACGAAUACAAUAAUAAUGAUAUUAAUAAUUUUUAUAAAAACAACAACAACAACAAUUUAAGUUCCCAAGAUGGAUCAAUCAACUAUAAACCCUAUGAACAACGAGUUGAAACCUAUAUGGUUCCUAUCAUUUUUGCUUUCAUAUUUUUAAUCGGUUCAAUAAGCAACGGUUUAACCAUAUUAAUCAUUUUCCGUGAACGCCUUUACCGCUCUCCAUCCUAUUUGUUUAUCCUUAACCUGUCGCUGGGUGAUCUCAUUGUAAUCCUAGGAUCGUUACCUUUUGCGGCCACCAUUUACACCUUUGAAUCAUGGCCUUACGGAGAAACAGUUUGCAAGCUAAGUGAAUUUAUACGUGAUGUUUCCGUUUCGGUGACCGUUUUCACUCUAACAGUUAUGUCCUAUGAUCGAUACAAGGCAACCUUUGCUCUCUCUCCACGCUCUAACCUGAUAAAUUACUCACGGCCUACUACGGGUAACCGUCGUCACCCACCACCAAUUGGUCCAACACCUUUCCAUGUUAAACUGUUAUCUCUUCGCUAUGGUAACAUUGUAACAGGAAUUUGGAUUGUGUCCGCAAUCAUUGGACUUCCAGCCAUUAAUGCCUUUAUAUUGAACCUUGACCUGACAGACGGUAAAAUUAUCCAAGUUUGCUAUCCCUUUCCAGUUCAUCUUGGCACUUGGUAUCCAAAAAUUGUAAUCUCGGUCAAAUUUCUCAUCCUCUAUUUGAUUCCUCUCACUGUUAUCUGUUUUUGUUAUACACUUAUAAGCCUGAAACUACACCAUUACUCCAAAACCAAUUCAAGUCUGGCCAAUCCUGAAGGUUCUAGGCUUCAAAGUGGAUUCAAGUUAACCACAAGUGACCCGUUAACUCGUCGGCAUCGAUUCAGAAGGCGAAUUGUGAUUUUUUUUGUGGUUGCCUUUGCAAUCUGUUUCUUUCCUAAUCAUGUUUACCUGCUCUGGUUUUAUUGGAAUCCCGAUGGAACCAACAGCAAUCAAGCCUUUUGGCAUGUUUGGCGUAUUGUUGGUUACAUCUUGUCCUUUACAAAUUCCUGCCUCAACCCAAUCAUAUUGUAUUUAACGUCUCAAAGAUUUCGAGCAGAGACGAAAAAUUAUCUCUCCCAAUUCAUGAAAAAGUAUUAUAAAGAUGAUAAUCAUCAUAACCACGAUUCCCCACAUCAACAACAUCAACCGGAAGGUUGUGAUUCUCCGGUGAGAACUUACUAAUUAUUUAAUUUAUUAAGCCAAUUUUCAUUAAACAACCAACCAAAACAAAUAACCAAAUCUCUCGAUUUGUCACUGCUUUAUUUAUUAUGAUGCCAAUUUUAUGUCCGUAACAACAUUGAAUUGUGCUUUUAAAUUACAAAUUUCAGUCAACUGUCAACAUAUUGAUUAAGCACCAAUUGAAUUGAAAUCCAAUAAUGUAACAAACCAAAAAAAUCAGACCGAAUUUAUUUGAUUCAGUGUCAAUUGAAAACGAUGUAACAAAAUUGCCAAUGAAUAUGUAUUAAUAUGUAUUUAUGUUCACGCAUUCCUAUGGGAACUUUUGAUUAUCAUAAACUUAAUCAACUCUGGUCUUUAUUGUAAUAAGCUGUAAUUUAUUUGUUUCCUCUUCAUGAUUUCUUGUUGAUUCAAAUUUUCAUUUUACUUGAUCAUAUAAUACUUUAUUUUUAUCGUCUAUUUGGUUCACCUUUUGUUCAAAGUAAACUUUUUGUUUAAACUUCCAAUACAAUCGAUAAUCUAAUGAUGAAUUUAAUGAUUUAAAGGCCCACUAAACUAGUUAGCAAUAAAGUGAUAUCUCAUGUAAUAGUUAA